AUGGUGGAUAUAAAAGAUUUGCAGAUACAUCCUGAGGUGUUUGAGAAUCCUUUAAUAAUUAUACACUUGAAAAGCAUGCUUCUAUACGGUUUAAUUGUUUCAACGGAGCAGAAGCAUAAACGUUUCAGUUUGAGACGUGGCGCUGUGUUUACGAUAUCAUUUGUAAUAUCGUGUGCGUUGAUAUUCAUAAAAGUUUCCCGGGGCUUUGAGAGUUUGGCAGCAGGUGCUACCAGUUGUGCUACUGCUUUUCUUUAUUUAUCAACUUCGAUAACGAUAGUGAAUGCAUUUUUUCAACGAGCAAGAGUGGUGAGAAUGUGUACCUUUUUGCAUGAAGAUAUUAAUAAAUUAAUGGAGUUAGCCGAUGAACGUGAAAAGAAAAUGUUCGCUGAUACAGUGAAAUAUUUGCGUUACGUUACUGUAAUCUUAUGGACGCCUUCAGUUUUAGCUGGCUUUAUAGCUUAUGCUGAUUGUUUUUAUCGCACAAUUUUUAUGCCGGAAACAGUGUUUAACAUACCACAGGUCUUAAGAGGCGAAGCCGAACCUAUACUUUUAUUUCAACUUUUCCCUUUCGGUGAAGUUUAUGAUAAUUUUCUUAUCGGCUACUUAGGCGCCUGCUAUGCUUUAUUUCUGGGUAUUACCACUAUACCAUGCUGGCAUACAUUUAUCACUUGUCUGAUGAAGUAUAUUGUUCUUAAGUUUCAAAUUAUCAACAAGCGUUUGAAGGAAAUGGAUAUAUCAAAACUAUCUCCCAACUUUAGCUUGCAACUCGAUAUGAUCGACAAUCUAAACGAAAAUGACUUGAAUUAUUGGCGUUUGAAGAUGUGUGAGUUUUGCGUUAAAGAACAAACCAAAAUAAAGUGGUUUGCCAAUGAAAUUCAGGCUUUGAUACGUAUACCGGUAUUUCUAGAUUUCAUUAUUUUCUCUGUAUUAAUAUGUUUCUUAUUCUAUGCCUUAACAACUGAUAAUCCUUCAAAAAUGGAUUAUUUCUUUAUGCUCAUCUAUUUAUUCGUUAUGGCUUCAAUAUUAUGGCUUUAUCAUUGGCACGCCACAUUAAUAGCUCAAUGCAAUGAUGAUCUGGGCUUUGCUAUAUACUCUAGCAAUUGGUAUGAUUAUCCGCUAAUAGUACAAAAAUCUAUACGUCUCAUAAUGAUGGACUCCACGAAGCCGUUGACAAUGAAAGCGUUUCUAGUGGAAUUGAAUUUGAAAACAUUUAUUGACGUGGUACGCGGCGCCUACAGUUAUUUCAGCAUCUUAAGGAAUGCUAAUCUAGAUUAAACUCGCAGGGAAAACUUGAGAAGUGGCAUGCACGAGCAAACAAUAGCUUAAUGAAAUUAUAAUUUGCACUUGAGA